GCCCAAAGCACGAAGAAAGCUUUCCAUGCCAGAGAGAUCGACAGCAUCCUCAACACAUCAUUUGGCUUCACAACAGCAGUCGGAAGACGACACGCAUGUCAACAAUUCAUUGAUUGAGUGUCAUGAAGAUGAAUCAGAAAUGAGCUUAAGUACUGUCGACAUAUCCAGCAUGGAGCAUUUUCCCGCUGAGCGCAUCGCCUCAAAAACCAGACGGCCAAAAUUUCGACUCAUUGGUUCAAAACAAAGAAAGACACUGAAACACACAAUAAGUGCAGAUACACAGAAUGAGAUCAUCACAGACCAUCACUCACAACAGCAAGAAAUUUCUGGUGCUGCAGUUCAGACUUCAACUCUAGGGCCCGCCGGUCAAUACAACAUCUUCGAUCAUAUGUAUUCCACAAACAUUGGAUAUGAAAGGCGAAACGUUUCAGCUCCGACAGUAAAACUGAAGCAACGUCAGAGGGCAACACCCAGACACAGACGACUGCAGACGAAACGUGAUGAGAAAUGCUCCGACACCUCAGUUUUACGUUUGUCAGAAACGAGGCCGCUGGGGUUCGGCACAUAUGGGGUGACGAUUUCCCCGCAGGAUGUUGGAAAUUUGUUUGUCAAGCGGAUGUUUGUGAUCAAAACGGAUCCUCCUGAGCAGCCGAGCAGGAGUCUGAUUUUGGACCAGGAGGACCAGAAGCCCCCACAGAUUAAAGAGGAGAUAGGGGAGGUUGAUGUCACAGAUUUCAUAUCUAAUCCUGACCCUGUGAAGAGUGAAGAUGAAGAAGAAAAGCCUCAGCUCUCAGAGCGUCGUCACAGCUGGAAUAUAGAGAGCGCUGGAUCAGAGUUUUUGCCUGUGGAAAUGAAAGAAGAGUCUUUCUGUGAAAGUUCUAAAGAGGUCCAGAAGCCCCCACAUAUUAAAGAGGAGCGGGGGGAUGUCACAGAGUUUAAUUUCAUUUCUGCCUUUGUGAAGAGUGAAGGUGAAGAAGAGAAACCACAGCCUUCAGAGCUUCAUCACAGCUGGUGUAAUGAGAUCACAGACUCUGCCAGGUCAGGUCCGGAUCAGUAUUUAGAAGACAAGACUUUAGACUCAUCAGAGACAGAUGUCAGUGAUGGAGACUGGGAGGAGAGCAACGAACCUCGGUCAGAUUUAUUUUCUGUGGAAACUAAUGAGGUGUCUGUUGGUGACAACAGUCCUAAGUACUCUGUUGAGAAACCUUUCAGCUGCUCCGUCUGUUUCCAGUGUUUCAAAUACGGAAAAGUUCUUAUUAGUCACAACAAUAUUCACGACUGCUUAGCUUUCACAUGCAAUGUCUGUAGCGAAGGUUUUGAACAAAAAUCUUUGUUUGUGGAGCACAUGAAAAUCCACGCUGAAGAGUCACUUUUCAGUUUUUCUUAUAACUGACCACGUGUUUUUGAGUAUAAAUCUACGUAUAUACUCAAAGAUGUUAAACUCAAUUUGUAAUGGGACAUUUACAUGAAACAGAACUAUUGUGAUUUAAAAAAGAAUCCACUCAGUGAGGUUAAUAUAGAAACACUACAGCAGGGAAAUCACAAAUGUGUUGUUUUAUACUGUAUUUUGGUUGUACUUACAAGUCUGCUCAAUAACAUUGAUUUAAGUUUCAAGAAUGUCAUAAGAUGUUUUUAUCCCUGCACGUGGAAUGUACUGUUUUUUUUUAAUGUCCCAGUGUCAUUCAAGCUGCAGAUGAGACUAGAAAACAGGUUACAACUGGUUUCUAAUAAGAAGAAUAAAGAAAAAUGAUCAGA